AUGUAUGGCAACAAUACCGGCAACAACAAUGGUUCCAUAUUUGGCACCACGCCAACUGGCGGGUUUAGUGGUACCCAAGACGGUGCCCAAUUAUUUGGGCACAGAAAUGGCAGCGGGAACAACAAUAGCGGCAGCGGUAAUGUUUUCGGACAUCAGAACCAGGCUGGAAAUUUUGGCAACAAUGAAAAUAUUUUCGGAAACCAGGAUAAUUCUAGCAAAAAUUUUCUUGGUGGACAUGCAAAUGGGAGCUUCCCUGUAGCCACUGCUCCAUUUGGAGCAGCUGCAUAUGGAGGCUUUGGAGCAACUGCUCCAGGCCCUGCUGGAAUAUUUGGAGCAUCCCCUGGUGCCGCUUGGUGCUCUGGUGCUGCAAACGUUAAUCCUUUUGCAGGAGUGGCUGAGUCAAACAUGAGCAACAACAACGCAGCGUCUCUUGAAGCCUGCAACAACUGGGCCAACUUUUCCAACCUGGCUGCUGAACCAAGUCUUAACUCUAACUUCAACCCUAACACAACCUCCAACUUGAACCCGAGUUCAACUUUAAGCUUUAACCCAAACACAACUUCCAACUUGAACCCAAGUUCAACUUCAAGCUUUAACUCAAAUUCAACCUCGAACACAACCUCUAACUUUAUUCAAGCUCCGUCAAAGAAUAGUAACGACAACUGGGCAAAUUUCAACUCAAACUUUGCCAACGCUUUUACAAAUUCAAGUUCAACAGCUCAAGUUUCAACAUCUGAUGCUUUCAACUUCAACUCUAACUUGAAUGCAAACUUCCCCAAUCAAAACUCUAGCUUCAACCCAGCAGUGCAGACAUCGACAGCGAGUUCAACGCUGUUCAACUCGAACUCGGACUCAGAAGUAGCAGGGUUCAACAGCAAGGAGGGUUCAACUUGGGCCGAUUUUGGGGCGGCCAAAACUGACCCCUGGGGCACCCCCUUCCCCUCCAACCCCUCCAACCCCUCCACCAGGACUUAA